AUGAAGACUCUAAAGUUCCUCUCAGCUGAAGCCUUCGUUCAAACUGGCCCAAACGCACGUAGAAACCUCCACUGCUUGUCCUACAAUCUCUACCCAAUCCUCUUCAAGGCUAGUUAUCUGCACGAGGAGGCUUCGUUUCUCCACGACCUGGUGCAAACGUGGCCUCUGACUGAGCUGAACUUGCGUAAACUGUUAGGAAAGACGACGGACUGUCCUGAAGACCUCACGUGCAGCACUUGCAGGCUCUGUCUUGAAGCGUUUCUCACAGGUUUGAGGGACUAUGUGCUUCAAGCUUCAACCACUUACGCUAAAAUCCUGCAGGUUGUGGAUUUAAUAGGCAUUCGAGACACUGAACACCAGAUUUGUCAAUGCAGACGGACUCUUGGGCGUUGGGCGCGCACUGAAAUGCUCACACGAGUGUGUUAUGAGACUAUGGUGUCCAUGCAAGCCGGCCAAUCAGCACCGUCUGCGUUCAAUGUGGAGGUUGACGUCCGAUUAGAUGCAUUUGUGACCGGACGCAAUUACGAGGUAGUCUCUCAGGCUCUAUUGCUGCGCAGACAUUGCCCGUUGAAACUGCAGUUUGUUGGUCUGCGCGUGGAUUCGUUGAGUCUCAGGAACCUGUUUUACCUUCUGAAGCUGGUGGAGUCUCACGGCCCGCAGAAGCUGGAGGUGGUGCACAAUGUCCACCUGGAGGCUCCACAUAUUGAGGUGAUGCUGUCCCAGCUGAAGUUCCCUCGCCUGCGCUCGCUCACCUUCCCCGCGCAGGCUCUGAAUGUGCACCGGCUGGGAUUGGAGGAUCAGGAUCUCAUGAGGGUUCUGGGGGAGCUGAUGAGCAAACUGACUGAGCUGAGAGAGCUAUAUCUGGGGUUCUCCACGCUCACUGGACACCUGAGGAAACUGCUGAGUCCUCUAAAUACGCCACUGGAGUGUAUCGAGCUGGCCAACUGCAGUAUCAAUGCUCUGGACAUGGCCUACUUCGCUAACAGCCUGCACAGUGAACACUUAGUAAAGCUGGAUCUGAGCGGCCAUGAGGUGGCAGAUCUCUUCCCCAACACCUUCCGGAAGCUUCUGCAGCGCUGCUCCAGCACACUCAUAAGUCUGGGUCUGGAGGAGUGCGGACUGGAUGAUGAGAAGCUGGAUCUGCUCACCCAGGCACUCACACCCUGCCACGGCCUGCAGGAGCUGAAGAUUCUGGGCAAUCCUCUGACUUCUGCUGCCCUGCACAGACUAUUCAACACGCUGGCCAACGCUUACCCCGCGCUCAGAUAUGUUGAGCUGCCUGUGCCUCGAGACUGUUAUCCAGAAAGUGUGACGUACCCGCUGGAUGAUCGGACUCUGGUCAACUACGACAGUGAUAAGUUCCAGCAGGCCAGGACUGAACUUGUUGGCAUUCUGGAGCGUGAAGGGAAAGGACACGUGGAAGUCUGUACGCCGUUACUCGGGGUCUACGAUGCUGACAUCAACGAGACCAGUAAUGAGCUGGGGGUCUCCAUGCUGAGCUCAUUCAAUAACGUCAUCGGAAGCUUCAUUGAUACGGUUAACACGGUCACUCAACGCAGAGAGCACAGACUGAUGGAGUAA